GAAAAAGUCUAGCUGCAACUUGGCCCACAGCAAACCGUUUUCUAUGUAUUUUCCACCUGCUUCAGCAGGUAUGGCGUUGGCUAUUGGAUUCUAAACAUAGAAUUCAAAAGGAUAAUCGUCAAGACCUUAUGGCUGCCAUGAAAAGUCUUGUUUAUGCUAGUUCAAAAAGCAGAGUUUAAUGAGGUGUGGCAGACUCUCCAAUCCUGUUUCUCUCAUGGCUACAUAUCCUAUUUUCAAAAGUUAUGUGGCAUCCUUGGUUGAAAGGAAGGAAGAUUGGGCAAUAGCUUUUCGAGCUGGUACAAAUAAUUUCUGCGAGUCAACAAUGUGCAUAAUCAAGGAUAUUGUUCUCAGUAGAUGCAAGGCAUACAACACGGCCCAGCUACUUAUGUUUAUGGUCGAGAUUUUCGAUGUAUACAUGAGGCAACGAUUGGUCGAUGUGGCCUUGAGUAGGCGGCAUGUAAAGCCAAUAAUCUCGACCAAGGUUGCAUUAGACAGCGUUGAAUUGGUUGGCAAUUCUAAAUAUAAAGUACAGAGCGAAUCUGAUCCAACCAUAAAAUAUGAUAUAGACCUUGAAAUUGGACUAUGCUCUUGCAUGCAAGGCCAAACUGGUGCUAUUUGCAAGCACCAAAUUGCAUGUGCCGAGUUUAGCAUGACAGCUGUGCCCCAGCAAUUUUUAAGUAGCAGUGAAAGUCGCCAUCGAUUAGCAGUUUUGGCUGUGGGCCAAGAGAAGGUCCCUCAUGUGGCAUUUUUUAGAAAGUUGAAUGAGGAUGGUGGGUUUGAGAUCACUGGCAAGGCAGAUAUAAAAGAAAUUGUUAGUGAGAGGACAGAAAAUCUGGAUAUGAAAGAGGAGCCACAGGAUCCAAUUUCUAUAACAGAGACAAUGUCAUCUUCAGAUGAUGAUGAUUUUGCCUCUAGAAAAAUAUCACAUGAUGUUGCAGAUGCCAUAGUUAGAGUCAGCGCGCGCUAUGGAAAUAGCGAUACAGACCUAGCACUGAAGAAGUUCCUCAGGCACCUGGAUUCCGUAAAAACUGCAAACCAGUUGAAUAGUUUGCUGCAUUGCACAGGAAGUGCAAUAAGGAAUGGUGGAGCUGGGCGAGGUAAGAUACCUUGUCAGCCAACCUCCAUCGCAAGACGCUCAACUGGCAGGCCAAGGGGAGCUGCACCGCUGUGUAAAGGCCGUCAUCCGACAGGUGCUGUGUCUUCACAACCUAAACGUCCCCGUAAUUUGGCUCGCAACAUUUCCAGCAACGUGGCCAAUGGGAAAUCUCAUGGCACAAAUCAUUAAGUGAAUUUUUUUUAUUUUUUUUAUUGGCAUAUAUUUGAUUCAAAUGGACUAUUUUCGAAUUCAUAUUUCUCACAUUUCACAAUAGUUGUUGAUUAGUGUUAAGGCAACGUAUUAAUUUUAUGUGUUUAUUAUAGCUCUUAAGACAUGAAUUAUUCGAUUUUUAUUGUAUCUGGUUGACAAUGGAACUGUGCAGUUUGGAGUUAAUCAACUUUGGUAUGAUGUACAAUGUGAGUAAUCUUUUGUAUAUAAUAAACUUUUGUAUAAAAU